AUGGAUGCUCCUCUCUCUUGUGCGGUGCGGGGCAGUCGAGGGCGUAUUCUUAACCGAUUUGUUGAUCGCCAUGCUCGGCUACUCUCUGUUGUUGCGCUUAUGGGUUCAGGAGCUGUUGCGUCUGAUGGUGCAGCGCAGUGCCUGCCUGCCAUCGCUGGUGGUCUUCUCGCCGCUUCAGAUCUAUCACCAUGUCGAUCAAGGCACGUCCGCAGAGGCAGAGAAUCAAGACUGCACCAACAACACGUGGCUAUUCGUCCUGCGAGAUCCCUUAAUCGGGGUGUUGCCAGAAGGCAUCCUAGGCAGCAGCGGCAAGAGCAGCAGCAACAAGAUGCGAGCCCGGCCACCCUGAGCCGCUCAGAGGCGGCUAAGGAGCAUGUGCGUGCCGUUACGCGCGAUUACAGGGUGGCCCCUCGCCUUGACUACCGGACAGUUGCGGGUGUGGAGGGGCCCCUGGUGGUACUGGAUGACGUGAAAUUUCCCAAAUACUCGGAGAUCGUCACUAUCCACUUAGGGGAUGGAAGCGUUAGGGAAGGGCAGGUGCUGGAGAUCAAGGGUCGUAGGGCAGUGGUUCAAGUGUUUGAGGGCACCUCGGGCAUCGACAACCGUCACUGCCAUGCCGAGUUUAGAGGCGAUGUUCUCAAGAUGCCGAUUUCCGAGGAAAUGCUAGGUCGGGCAUUUAACGGCAGUGGCAAGCCAAUCGACAGGGGCCCCAAGGUGCUGGCGGAGGACUUCUUGGAUAUUAAUGGCUUCCCGAUCAAUCCUCAGUGCCGUGUGUACCCCAGAGAAAUGAUUCAAACCGGCAUCAGCACCAUCGACGUCAUGAAUUCAGUCGUCAGAGGGCAGAAGAUUCCGCUGUUUUCAGCCGCUGGUCUCCCGCACAACGAGAUUGGAGCCCAGAUAUGCAGACAAGCCAGCCUUGUGGCGGGCAAAGACGUCCUCGAUCACUCGAACGAAAACUUUGCAGUCGUGUUUGGCGCCAUGGGGGUGAACAUGGAAACCGCGCGCUUUUUCAGACAGGAUUUCGAAGAGAAUGGCAGCAUGGAACGCGUGGCACUGUUCCUGAAUCUUGCCAAUGACCCGACUAUCGAGCGGAUCAUCACUCCGAGGCUGGCCCUUACGACAGCGGAGUACUUGGCAUUCGAAAGAGAAAUGCACGUCUUCGUCAUUCUUACAGACAUGUCCGCUUAUGCUGAUGCGCUGCGCGAGGUCUCCGCCGCCAGGGAGGAAGUGCCUGGUCGCCGCGGGUACCCCGGAUACAUGUACACGGAUUUGUCAACGAUUUAUGAAAGGGCUGGACGGGUAGAGGGCCGCAAUGGUUCUAUCACACAGUUCCCCAUUCUCACAAUGCCUAACGACGACAUUACUCAUCCCAUCCCAGAUCUGACGGGCUACAUUACUGAGGGGCAAAUCUUCGUGGACCGGUCGCUUCAUAACAGGCAGAUAUAUCCGCCGAUCAACGUUCUACCUUCCCUCAGUCGUCUCAUGAAGAGCGGAAUCGGAAAAGGGAUGACCAGGGAGGACCACCCUGCGGUGUCUGAUCAGUUGUAUGCCAACUAUGCCAUUGGCCAAGACACACGUGCCAUGAAGGCAGUAGUCGGCGAGGAGGCGUUGUCUGCCGACGACAUGCUCUACAUGGAGUUUACUGACAAGUUCGAGCGCCGCUUCCUGCAGCAGGGCCCGUAUGAGGGACGUGACAUCUUCCAAAGUCUGGACAUUGCCUGGGAGCUGCUUCGUACUUUCCCCGAAGAUAUGCUUAAGAAGAUCAAGGAAGAUCUUCUCAGGAAGUAUUACCCGCGAACCAAGUACAUGGAAACCCAGGAAAGCGACAAGCGACAAUCUCCGCAGGCCGCCGCGGGCUAG